UUCAGAAGCACAGUCACUUUGCGGACUCGACGAACCUCGGCAUCUCCACACCCGUUCACUCCGCCACCGCGAAUCCUUCGCGUCGUUCGGUCAGGGGGCCUCACGCAGGAGCGCUCAACCCACCCCGUCGGCUAAGCGACCGACCUUCCACUCGUCGCAACCCUUCGACUCCACGUGGCAAGGAUGCACCGUCCACAGGUGCCCGUGCUGGUCCUGCUGGCGCUACAGCUGCUGCUGCUGGGCGUGGACCCGGGCCGCGCUAGAGUCCUCGAACGCUCCACCCACGGCCCCCACCGCCGACUCCACAGGAGGGCCUUGGCGGCCGCGCCCGCAGGCCGCGUCGGCAAGGGCCUGCUCCGACCCCACGCGGCCCCUCUGGCGGCCUCGGGCGGCGAGCAGCAGGUGUCGGUGCAGCUGCCCGCCGACAGCGUCACCAGCUCCGGGCCGUCGCCCGUCGUCUUCAACCACGUCUACAACAUCAAUGUGCCGCUCGGCUCCAUGUGCAGCGUGGACCUGCAGGCGGCGCGGGGAGCGGCCGGGGCUGCGGCCGCUGCUUCUAUCACUCCAGGCCACUCUCACGUAGAGCGCACGGAAGACGGCGAGAACAGCGUGGUCUUCACGCACCGCAUCAACAUCCCUCCGCAGGCGUGCGGGUGUGGAGGGGCCGGCGGUGGGGGGGCCCUGCCCAACCUCCAGGACCUGCUCAGUCGCCUGGAGGCCAUGGAGAACGAGGUCUCCUCUCUACGCCAGCUCUGCUCCGGAGCCUCCGGGGGCUGCUGCAACGGGGGCCAGGGGAACGCGGCGAGUGCGGGCCGCACCGACUACCUGCCCGCGUGCGGAGGCCACGGCUCCUUCAGCCUGGAGACGUGCGGCUGCAUCUGCGAGCCGGGCUGGAGCGGCAAGAACUGCACGGAGCCGACGUGCUCGCCGCCGUGCGUGCACGGCCGCUGCGUCGACGGCGCGUGCCUGUGCGACGAGGGCUACUCGGGGCCCGACUGCCGCGUGCUCAAGUGCCCCAACGACUGCAACGACUACGGCCGCUGCGUCGACGGCAAGUGCGUGUGCGACGACGACUACACGGGCGACGACUGCAGCGAGCAGCGCUGCCCGAACGAGUGCAGCGACCGGGGCAACUGCGUGGACGGGGUGUGCGUUUGCGACGAGGGUUUCACUGGCGAGGACUGCAGUGGGACCCGGUGUCCGAAUGACUGCCAGGACCGCGGCCGCUGUGUCAAUGGCCAGUGCGUGUGCGACGAAGGCUUCACCGGCGACGACUGCAGUGAACUGACCUGCCCGGAUGACUGUAAGGACAGAGGACGAUGCGUCGAUGGGAAAUGCAUCUGCGACGAAGGCUUCACUGGUGAAGACUGCGGCGAAUUGACCUGUCCCAACAACUGUCAAGACAAAGGAAGAUGCGUCGAUGGGAAAUGCGUCUGCGAUGAAGGUUUCACGGGCGAAGACUGCAGUGAAUUGACCUGUCCCAACAACUGUCAAAACAGAGGACGAUGCGUCAAUGGGAAAUGCAUCUGCGAUGAAGGUUUCACUGGGGAAGAUUGCAGUGAAUUAACCUGUCCCAAUGAUUGUCAAGACAAAGGAAGAUGCGUCAAUGGUAAAUGCAUCUGCGAUGAAGGUUUCACUGGGGAAGACUGCAGUGAAUUGACCUGUCCCAAUAAUUGUCAAGACAAAGGAAGAUGCGUCAAUGGGAAAUGCAUCUGCGAUGAAGGCUUCACUGGAGAAGAUUGUAGCGAACUUAGGUGUCCCAACGACUGCAGUGACAAAGGAAGAUGCGUCGACGGGAAAUGCGUCUGUGAUGAAGGCUUCACUGGGGAGGAUUGUAGUGAACUUAGAUGUCCCAACGACUGCAGUGACAAAGGAAGAUGCGUCGACGGGAAAUGCGUCUGUGAUGAAGGCUUCACUGGGGAGGAUUGUAGUGAACUUAGAUGUCCCAACGACUGCAGUGACAAAGGAAGAUGCGUCGACGGGAAAUGCGUCUGUGAUGAAGGCUUCACUGGGGAGGAUUGUAGUGAACUUAGAUGUCCCAACGAUUGUCAAGACCAAGGAAGGUGCGUCGAUGGCAAAUGUGUCUGCGAUGAAGGCUUCACUGGGGAAGAUUGUAGCGAACUUAGGGUCCCGACGACUGUAAGUGACAGAGGAAGAUGCGUCGACGGGAAAUGUGUCUGCGAUGAAGGUUUCACUGGAGAAGAUUGUAGCGAUCUUAGAUGUCCCGACGACUGUAAUGACAGAGGAAGGUGCGUCGACGGGAAAUGUGUCUGCGAUGAAGGUUUCACUGGGGAAGAUUGUAGUGAACUUAGGUGCCCUAAUGACUGCAGUGACAUAGGAAGAUGCGUUGACGGGAAAUGUGUCUGCGAUGAAGGUUUCACUGGGGAAGAUUGUAGCGAACUUAGGUGCCCCAAUGACUGCAGUGACAAAGGAAGAUGCGUCGACGGGAAAUGCGUCUGCGAUGAAGGCUUCACUGGGGAGGAUUGUAGCGAACUUAGGUGUCCCAACGACUGCAGUGACAAAGGCAGAUGCGUCGAUGGGAAAUGUGUCUGCGAUGAAGGUUUCACUGGGGAAGAUUGUAGCGAUCUUAGAUGUCCCAACGACUGCAGUGACAGAGGAAGAUGCGUCGACGGGAAAUGCGUCUGCGAUGAAGUCUUCACUGGGGAAGACUGCACAGAAGGUAAGGACAUUGCAUCUCUGAGGAAACCAGUUCAUUUAUGA